AUGGAAAUCUCACCCUAUUCAAAUACGUGUGAAGAGAAGAAUCACUCCGUCGAGAAAGGCCCUGAUGUAUUCGGUGGUCAUGCUGAGCGAACCUUCAUAUACGAGAAGAGAACAGUCGAUGAGUCGCGCAUCUCGCCGCCCAUAUUGGAACACCCUAUGGUGGGAGAGAACCUGGCUGAUCAUCUACAUAGCUGGGCUACCGCUUUCACCAACGCUACGUUACAUCGCUGCAUCACUGGAGAUCGCCUAGAUCAAAAUCUGGUUUUCGCCCAGCAAGAACUCGAUUCGUGGUUCAAGAAUCGAAGCGGCUUGUACUCUGGCUUGCAACAAAGAACGCUUGCAAUCACUCCACCAUCUCUCACCUUCACGGAUUCUGAACUCAAAGGCGUACUGAAGGAAGCGAGAGCGAACCUCACCGAGUUUGCUAGAGAAUUCUCGAAUGGAAAUACUAUGCUAGCUAAAGCUAUAUAG